UUCGUGUGUUCUGAGGCUUUAAAAUGCCUGAACCCGCCAAGUCGGCUCCGGCCCCGAAGAAGGGCUCCAAGAAGGCGGUGACCAAGGCGCAGAAGAAGGACGGCAAGAAGCGCAAGCGCAGCCGCAAGGAGAGCUACUCGGUGUACGUGUACAAGGUGCUGAAGCAGGUGCACCCCGACACGGGCAUCUCGUCCAAGGCCAUGGGCAUCAUGAACUCGUUCGUCAACGACAUCUUCGAGCGCAUCGCGGGCGAGGCGUCCCGCCUGGCGCAUUACAACAAGCGCUCGACCAUCACGUCGCGGGAGAUCCAGACGGCCGUGCGCCUGCUGCUGCCGGGGGAGCUGGCCAAGCACGCCGUGUCCGAGGGCACCAAGGCCGUCACCAAGUACACCAGCGCCAAGUGAACAGUGAGUUGGCGGCAAAUUGGAAACUAACGGCUCUUUUAAGAGCCCCCAUAUUUUCAAAGAGAGCUGCUGCUUGCUUUUAUUCCGUGCUGGGCUCCUGUAACUUUACAGUAAUGGCUCUGCGAGGUACGGCAAUCACCGAACAAUGUCAGACUUUUCCUGUCGCGAUAACUAAGCGACAAGAAACGUUACCAGGUCCUGGCAAAGCUCUGUAACUCCUUUGUGCAAAGCAACCGCUCUGAGCUUGUCACUGCCCCUUGGGAACUAUUUUCAAAAGGGCUCUGCCACCGGCUCUGGUAACCAUUAGGAUUAAGUAACUGGCAGAGAAAGCUAAGCUCGAAGCAAAUUCAAAUACACCCCGGUUACCUGUCGAGAGUAAAGAGCUGGGCGCGGCCGCGGGCGCAGGGGUUGCGCGGGCCGUUUGAAUUUGCCGCCCUUCCUUUCCGCGCCCUGAUUGGUUGCCGGCGCCUGCGAAGCGACCGCGGGUUUGGAUGCGCGGAGGCCCCGGCCACUCCGGCCCCCGAGCCCCGCACACAGCAGCCGCUGGAGGAGACAUUCUCCCGAGUCUGGGCUGCUUUUCAUUCUCCUCGUCCUUAGCGUUCUGUCCUUGUAGGAAUGACGUUUAUACUUUUCCUCUUGGAAUUUUCGUUGGAGAGAAAGGAAUUUGGAGGGUGUCAUCUUCAGUGUGAGAAGUACCCAUGCUUUAUUUCUAAUUAGGGUGCCGCUUUCCCUUUGCCGUAGAUCCAUAUAAUGGAAAAUACAAGACG